AUGGCAAAGGUAGAAGAGAAAGGCUCUGCAUAUGGAAGAGAUGAUCAGACGCAAGAUGGGACUGUGGAUCUCAAAGGCAGACCUGUUCUGAGAUCAAACACUGGCAGAUGGACAGCUUGUUCCUUCAUCGUAGGGUAUGAAGUGUUUGAGAGGAUGGCGUACUACGGAAUCGCGUCAAAUCUGGUGGUGUAUCUGACGACGAAGCUGCAUGAAGGCACAGUGACAUCUUCAAACAAUGUCACAAACUGGGUUGGGACGGUGUGGAUGGCACCCCUUCUGGGUGCUUAUAUUGCAGAUGCUCAUCUUGGCCGAUACUGGACUUUUGUCAUUGCUUCCGCCAUAUAUCUUGUGGGGAUGUCUUUAUUAACCCUAGCGGUUUCAUUACACGCCCUAAGACCACCAUCAUGCGGCAGUGGAGUUAAACUUGAAGAUUGUGACAAAAGAGCCUCAUCGUUCCAAGUAGGUAUAUUCUACUGUGCCUUGUACAUAAUCGCAGUUGGAACUGGAGGCACCAAGCCUAACAUAUCAACCAUGGGUGCUGACCAAUUUGAUGAUUAUGAGCCUAAAGAGAGAAUUCAAAAGCUCUCCUUCUUCAACUGGUGGAUGUUCAGCAUAUUCUUUGGCACCCUUUUCUCAAACACAUUCUUGGUUUACAUACAAGACAGAGUUGGCUGGACCCUUGGCUAUGGUCUUCCAACAGUUGGUCUUGCAAUCUCUGUCAUGGUUUUCUUAUUUGGCACCAAGUUUUAUAGGCACAAAUUGCCAUCAGAGAGUCCUUUCAGCAGAAUAGCUCAUGUGCUUGUGGCUGCUAUAAGGAAGUGGAGGGUAACUGUCCCAGAUGACCUAAAAGAGCUUCAUGAGCUAAGCUUGGAAGAGUACUCAAAACCUGGUAAAUACAGAAUUGACCACUCCUCUUCCUUAAGAUUCCUAGACAAAGCAGCAGUAAAGAGUGGACCAACCUUACCAUGGAUGCUAUGCCCAGUGACACAAGUUGAACAAACCAAGCAAAUGGUCAAAAUGGUUCCGGUUCUUAUUGCAUCAUUCAUACCAAGCACCAUGUUAGCUCAAAUAGGAACUCUUUUUGUCAAGCAAGGCACAACACUAAACAGAAAGAUGGGUCCUGAUUUUGAAAUCCCUCCGGCAUGUCUCUCAGCAUUUGUAACAAUCUUCAUGCUGAUAAGCCUUGUGCUCUAUGACCGCUACUUCGUUCCAGCAGUCCGGAAAUACACCAAAAACCCAAGAGGGAUCACACUGCUGCAGAGACUGGGCAUUGGUCUUGUUUUGCACACCAUUACCAUGAUCACGGCUUGCUUGGCUGAAAGGAAGAGGUUGAGUGUUAUACAAGAAAAACACCUCUUUGGCAAAAAGGACAUAGUUCCACUCACAAUUUUCAUUCUCUUACCUCAGUUUGCUUUGAUGGGUAUAGCUGAUUCCUUUGUGGAAACAGCCAAGAUUGAAUUCUUCUAUGAUCAAGCACCAGAGGGCAUGAAAAGCUUGGGGACCUCAUAUUUCACUACUAGCUUGGGAAUUGGGAGCUUCCUCAGUAGUUUUAUUCUAUCAACAGUUUCCAACUUCACCAAGAAACAUACACCCAAGGGUUGGAUUUUGGAUAACCUAAACACCUCUCAUUUCGAUUACUAUUAUCUGUUUUUGGCUGUCUUGACCUUUCUCAACUUCCUCUUCUUUCUCGUGGUUGCGAAGUACUAUGUUUACAAUGCAGAUUUAAGGCGGUCCGAGGGAGAAUUUGCCAUGGAAACUUUGCCAAACAAAAGCAUUUCAGCUCUGGAUGGCACAGUACAGUCAAAAACUUCGCCUUUGCUUAUAAGCUGAUAACUGCUUCCCCUGUAUGCUACUUUAAGCUCCAAAGGUA